AUGGGGAAUGUUCCUGCGAAACUGGACGAACAGAGCAGCUAUAGUCAGUAUGAUAGUGGAAGUUUCAAGUCGGGAAGCGGCAGAUCGAUGAGCGCUAGUGCCUCCUCAGGUAAUAGAAAUAUGUCAGAAAAUGCAGAAAAUACCGUUGUGAGAAGUCGUCGUGGUACAUCCUUGGUGGGGAAUAUAUUAAGCGCUAGCGGUCGAGCUAGAGCAGAUUCUGCGGGCGGAGGUAGUAGUGUGCCCUAUAAGAAGAAGAGCACUAAAGAAAGGGAGCAAAUGAAAGAGAAUCAUGCGAAGGAGUUAAUAGCAAGAUACGACGAAUGCGUAGAUGGCGGUUUCUUAGCUCCUUAUGGUUGCUAUGGACCAGACAAGUUAGAUUUCAACGCAGAAAUUGUUAAGCAGUUGAUAAUUGGUAGAAAAUUAGCUCCAUUUUAUAUACCGCUACAAGAUUUUGAUGAAUCUUGGACCAAAGAAGAACUGAUAAAAAUUGUAGAUGGGUUACCACUACAUGAACCAUUUAUAGAAAAUCCUGAAGAGUUUGAAGAUGUACCGGUUGGCAAUAUAAGAAAACAAAAUUUUGAAGAUUUGAUAGAUAAAUCAUUAUCAAAGAGGGAACAACGUCGUUUACGUUCGAAAAUUUUCAAAGCAAGGCUCCAUAGAAAGAGAAUAAUAUGGCAAGAAAUGGAAAAUGAAGUCUACCUAGAACAAAAGUUAGAAUCCAAACAAAAGGGCCCUGCCCCUAAAAACAAUCAAUGGCUGAUGAGCGAUGAUUUGAAAUAUUCGCUGUAUAAGAAUGGAAUGGAAUGUCCGAUUUGUUUCCUUUACUUCCCGAAGCCGCUGAAUUACUCAAGGUGCUGUUUGCAGCCUAUCUGUACGGAGUGUUUUGUCCAGAUCAAGAGGGCUGAUCCCCAUUUUCCUCACGAUGAGGUUGAUCCAACCAAACCUGUAACCGAUGAUGACGACAAGGAUCCGAACUUGUUAACUUCUGAGCCUGCGAAUUGUGUUUAUUGUGCAACUUCAAAUUUCGGAGUUACCUAUGAGCCGCCUACCGAUAGAAGAGUAGGCAUCGGUGGCAUACCACCAGCCACAUUUAAGAAAAAAAGCGAUGAGAGAAAUGAUAAGAAAAAUGACGAUGAAGAUGAUAGAAGUGACGAGGAAAGUAAUCAAGAUAGCAAUGACAGAAAGGUAAAUUCGGAUACCGCUGAAACACCAAGGAGAAGAGGAUCAAGAUCACAUGACGAUCCGCUUGUAGUCUCCUCGGAUACGAUACGCCCGGACUGGAGCACCAAAUUAAAUAAGGAGCGUAUGAGAUUGGCCAAGAGAUCAGCCACUGCUACGGCAAUACAUGUCAGCAACCAAUUGGUAGAUCCGCAGCAUCCUUCAAGAAGGGGCUCCGGUACAGAUCUUGAAUCCGGCUCGUACGGAUACUCAAAUUCAAGUUGGAGCCAAAGCUCGCGUCCAAGAGCAAGCAGCAUGCUAGACCCUGGGAUUCGGGAGGCAGAAAAUGAAAUGAUUCAGCAAGCUAUACGUUUGAGUUUGGCCGAUGAGAAGCAAAGAAAGAAGAAUAAGGCGAAUGCUAAAUCUCAUUGA